CUAACCGGUGCGCACAUACACGUCUCCGGGGAAUUCUCGUUGCCAAACAUCAUAUUUUUGGUUUUGCAGUGGGAAUGUCUAGCAGAACCUAGUGAACAGCUAUGAAGUACUGGCAGUAUGUGACUGGGCUGCUAGUGUUAUGGCUGUUAGUCAUUAUAUACAUGAGCAAUACAGUAUUCCCCAAUGCCAGUGACUCAAACUUCAAUGCGGAGCGCCAGCUCCAACGUGCGAUGGAAGAGCUGCAGAAGCUGAGGGAUCAGAACAUUGAACUUCACGCCCUCGCUUCAGAAAUAAAAGAUUUGAAGUUUGGAAGAGGAGGAAACACGGAUACUGAAUUAACUGAGCUGAAGAAUAAACUGGAUAAAGCUACUGUUGAGUUAGAGAGGCUACAGGGCAAGGGAUUCUCAAGGAAUGGCAAAACACUUUCAAGAUCUGUGAAUGUGAGUGUUCCAAGUAUGGAACAUGAGAUGGCACGACGAGAAGUGGAGCGGGUAUCCAUUGAGUUCUGGUUGUAUAUACGUAGUGAACUCAACAAACUGAAACAGAAAACCACAGAAAGCGAUAUUGUCAAAAAUAUCAAUGACAUCUUGGCUGAUAGUUUUGAGUACCAAAAGAAGUUACAGAAUGACAUGUAUAAACUUGGUAACACAGUAGAUGGUGUAGGGGUAUGGAGAGAAAAAGAAUCACGAAAGUUAGGAGAUCUUGUACAAAAUAGGCUAUCUUAUUUACAGAAUCCAAAGAAUUGCCAAACUGCCAAAAAGAUGUUAUGUAACUUGGGUAAAGGUUGUGGGUAUGGUUGUCAACUACACCAUGUAACUUACUGUCUCCUCAUGUCCUAUGCUACAGGGAGGACUCUGGUCCUGCAGUCCGAGGGUUGGAGGUAUGCCUCCAAGGGUUGGGAGACAGUGUUCCAGCCGCUCAGUAAAACAUGUACUUCCACUAUGGGUCAGCCAGCUGUAAGAUGGGGACCCGUAAGCAUUACAGACUCUGCUCAGGUUGUUGAAUUGCCAAUUGUGGACAGCUUGUCCCCACGACCCAGCUAUCUUCCACUGGCAAUUCCAGAUGACCUCGCCGACAGGCUAUUCCGUUUCCAUGGAGACCCAUCUGCAUGGUGGAUUGGACAGCUUGUGACAUAUCUUACACGCCCUAAUGAAAUGCUUAAAACUGAUCUCACAGAAAGCAAGAAGAAAUUAGGGUUCCAGAAUCCUAUUGUAGGGGUCCAUAUACGCAGAACAGACAAAGUAGGUAUGGAAGCACAGUUUCAUGGUGUGGAUGAAUACAUGAAGUAUGUUGACGAAUGGUUUGAUAUAUACGAGAGGAGAAAUCCCGGAGUACAACGCAGAGUUUAUCUCGCUUCUGAUGAUCCUAAUGUUCUUAAUGAAGCUAAAAACAAUUAUCCACAGUAUAUAUUUGUGAGUGACAACGAGAUCUCAAAGACAGCUGGUCUAAGCAGUAGGUACACAGAUGCAUCAUUGAGAGGAAUUAUCCUAGAUACACAUAUGCUCUCAUUAUGUGAUUUUCUUGUGUGCACAUUUUCAUCUCAGGUGUGCAGAGUGGGGUAUGAGCUGAUGCAGCCACUUCAUGGAGACGCUUCUCACUGGUUCAAGUCCCUCGAUGAUAUUUAUUAUUUUGGUGGCCAGAAUGGCCAUCAGUGGCAGGCAGUUGCUAGUCAUGUACCUAAAAACAGUGAUGAAAUUCCACUAAAUGUUGGUGAUUUAGUAGGUGUGGCCGGGAACCACUGGGAUGGCUAUUCUAAAGGAAAACUGGCUAGGUCACACAAAUCUGGGUUGUUUCCUUCAUAUAAGGCCAUUGAUAAAAUAGAACGUAUAAAAAUGCCAACAUACCCGGAAGUUCCAGAGUUAUGAUAGUGUUCAUUAUAUUCUACAUCAGUCAUAGAUUUAAAGGCUGUAUAUUUCAAUAUCAGAAUUGUGAUAUUACUGUACUGUCUUGAGUAUUUAUGUUAGUACAGUUGUGUUUCCAACUGAGAAAGAGGCACGCCAUUGAUCUUGGUUCAGUGUAAGGUAUUAGUAUAGGUGGAUGGUCAUCCAUUGUCCUGUAUAAACAGUUUACUUAAAUAUCUUUAACUAUUGGUCACAAUUACAUUAUUCUAGUCUGUAGCAACUGGGCAUGGACUUUUAUCAUUUACAUUAAAAUGGUUCUACUUGAACUUUUUUUGGUAGCCACCAGAGCUAAACAAACAGAAAAGCCUUUAAAAGACUUUUUGUCAUGAACCCUUUGAUGGACAUUCAUCAAACUUGGUCUCUAGCAUCAUUGUAUGGACCUCCCAUAGGUAGAUGAUAUAGUUUUGUUUGACAGCUUUAAGGACUGCCAUAGCUGAAAAGUAACUUCAAACAACUUAUUCUCAUGAACUGCUUUAUAGAUCUUCACCAAACUUCCUCUUGUUACAUUCUUUGAUGGACCUCUCUCAAGUCUGUUGAGAUGGUUUCAUUUGACCCCUUUAAGGGACUGCCACAGCUAAAAGUUUAAAACAAAACAUAAACAACUUCUCAUGAACUCUUUUAUAGACUGUCAUCAAAUUUGGCCUACAGCAUCCUAGUAUGAGCCUUGUUUAAAUUUGUUCAAAAGUUUCAUCUGACUGCUUUUAGGGGCUACCAGUGCUAAAUAUAAAUAUAAAAACAUUUCAAUGACCUCACAUGAACCACUUGAUAGAUCUUCAUCAAACUUUGUGUGCAGCAUUAUUGUAUGACCUCUCUCAAAUUAGUGAACUUUAUUUGAAGCCUUCUUGAAUGAACCAUUCUCAAAUUUGUUUAGUUGGUAAAUAGAAAAAUCCUUUAUAUGACUUCUUCACAUGAAAGGCUUGAUGAUGAUAACCAAACUUGGUCAGAAACAAAGUCAAACAGUCCAGGUCUUCAUUAAGUGAGCAACAUAGGCACUUAUUGGCCUCUUGUUCUCUUUUUUUUUAGCUCACCUGAGCACGAAGUGCUCAAAGGUGAGCUUUAGUGAUCACCCUGUGUCCGGCGUCCGUCGUCGUCCGUCGUCCGUCCGUCCGUCCGUCGUCAACAAUUUGACUGUUAACACUCUAGAGGUCACAUUUUUGACCCAAUCUUAAUGAAACUUGGUCAGAAUGUUACCCUCAAUAAAAUCUUGGACGAGUUCGAUAUUGGGUCAUCUGGGAUCAAAAACUAGGUCAUCAGGUCAAAUCAAAGGAAAAGCUUGUUAACACUCUAGAGGUCACAUUUUUGGCCCAAUCUUAAUGAAACUUGGUCAGAAUGUUACCCUCAAUAAAAUCUUGGACGAGUUCGAUAUUGGAUC